AGGCAACGGAAAUGAGAAAAUGAGCAGCAAAACGCCUGUACUAGUCGGAAAUGAAAAUAGCCGUCUACAUAAAUACACCUCGCUGGUACUAGUGGGGGCAUGGGUGCGCCAGGUAAAGAUGUCUGCCCUUGCGGGGCGGCAGCACCGAUUGACGCGCCUUGGUCCGUGAAGGCGAUUAUUAGAACCAAACACAAAGAACAGUGCUGCGCCCCAGUCGUGCCGGGGUUCUUUAUCCGUCUGCUGUAAAGAAAGGGUUGCAGCCGUCGCGGUAGUAUGGUGCAGUGGAGUUGGCAUGAGCUGCUGUCGGCGGGCGGGCAGGCGCUGGGCGGGAUGUUUCUUGCGGAGGACGCGUCAGCCAAGAAGCCCGACAAGUACGACAUCCGGUCCGUGGAGGCCGGGACGCUGCUCAUUGGCGCGGGGAUAGCUUUCACGACUAUCUUUUACCUUUCACACAACAAAGAUCACGACCUCCGCCGCCACUUCUGGAGGAUCUCCAGCACCACAGUAUUUUAUCACUUUACAGUGGUCCUCGUAAGUUGAAGCUCUUGUGAUGCUAGUUGUAACUGUAAGCACCGCCUGCACCUUCUAGCAUUGUGAUGAGGCUGGGAAAGUCGGCGUGAAGAUGAGCACAAUAAAAGCUUCGACAAUUUAAUUUUAUACAAUUGCAGGUUGUGAUUUUCCUCGCGCUGCAGAUUUUCCACUUAGUGAACGACCCGAUUAUCGAAAUUUUGGUCAGCCCCCCGAAGGGGAAACCGCCCAAGCGAACCUACAAAACCCCAGCACCCCGCCCGGUGUUGCCGGACCAGGGUCUCACCGCACGGGAUUUGUACGGCCGCAAUGUUGGCGACGUUGGCAGCAACGAGCCCCGGGAUAAUGUCCCUCCGAUGCCGGAGGAGCCCCUGCCCGACCGCGCGGCUGCAGGAGGCUCGACUCUGCCCGACGCGAACGCAGCCACUCUGCCGACAGGUGGUAACACUUACGGCGCAGCAGAGCAGCAGCCUGGAGGUGGUACCUCCGCAACGGGCCAAGGUGGCACGCUAGAUGGUGAACAAGGUGGCAUUGUCGAUGUAAGAAAUCUUGAAGGCCGGGAGAUGUUGUGGAAAUCUCGCCGUGGCGAUCCACAGUUUCUGCCGGAGGCCGAGAAGGCGAAUCAGAAGUCCACGGAAGAGGUAGCCGCAAAGCAAGGAGCUGAGGAGGACAAAAAGGAAGGUCCAGCUCCUGCCGUCCUGGAACAGCAUAAAACCCCACUUGCUGGCGCGAGCAGUGCUGCUAGUAGUCCGCAGGCAGCAGUCGCAAAUACCGCGCCGUCGUCUGCUCCGCAAUUGAGUCAGCCGCAGGUGGCAAGUAGUAGUGAGCAAGAUCCUGCUGCAGGAACUCCUCCCGUAGCGCCAAAAACUGAAGAGGACGCCACGCCAACUCCUCAGGAGCAAGCCAUAAACGAAGCGGCACCGACAAAAAGUUUGGAAAUGAGUAUUGGUGAAGGUGUGGCUCCUGGCACGAGUAAAAAGGACACAGAAGCGACGAUGGUGCAGCGUAGCCGACCCGGUAAUCCCGCACAGCUAGGGGCGCGAAUAGCUCUCUCCGAUAGCAUAAGCCCGGUGGUAAAAGGAGCAGAUCCUGUAAACAGCACGAAAGAAAAAUUGGACGCGGCCACGAAAAGCGCGCCGCUGGUUCCAGCUCCAUCGGGCACACCGCAAGCGCUUCUAGCUACUGCACCCGCGGCGCAACAGCAGCAGCUCCCUAAUGCGAUACCUGCCGCGGGUGAAAAACAAAAAGCAAACAUCAAGAAGGACCUGCUAACGCCCGCUUCGCUGCAGACCACAGUGGCGGUAGCGCAAGCACUGCUGGAAAAAGAGAAGAUGAUAGAGAGUAUCAACUCCCAGCUGGGGAUAGAAAAAGGCACCACACAAACGACGCCGGUAAAAAGUGCAUCGACAUCAUCUUCGGUUGAGUCGCAGAAGAACAGUUUACCAGGAUCACCUCCCGCGAUCCACAAUCAGGGACCGGCAGCUACUUCUGAAACAGCAUCAACAAUCUCUUCCGCUGAGGACGCGGUUGCGAAAUCGGUUUUGCUCGAUUACCUUGAAAAGAUAAUGGACCAACAGCAAGACACUGCCAAACAGUCUCCCGCCCCGCCACUUUUCGCAAGUGGUACAAAUAAAGUCCCUGCGUCAAUCAGCGUGACGCAGCACAGGGCGUCGAACAACAACGCACUAUCCUUUUUGCAACUUGAAAGCGGGAAAGGCAGUAGCAGUUUGGAAGCAGAGCAAGAGCUGGAAGCUGCUGCACGUUUGGAGUCCGAGCGUAGCAACGCUGCGUUCAAAUUCCAGUAUCAUCCAAGGGUUGCAUCGACAAGAAAAGCAUCACUUAGCCGCCCAGGAAAUGAAGACAGCAAAAAUGUCGACAACUACCCACUCCAGCAGGUUACCUCUUCGGCUCUCGACGAUGAAGGUUUGUCGAGCAUGAGUGGCAGAGGUUCUACUGCUCCUGCAAAAGAACAAAGUGGAGUACUAGCGGUGACACAACCCGAGGACGAAGUAGACGAGAUAGAUGACGCGGAGCUAACUUCAUCAAGGACUGCGCCUGCAACUUCAUUCCUCGACAAACAGGAAGUAGCGAAUCAGUACGAAGAAGAUCUGCCGGGGGACGAAGAAGCUGUUGGAACUACACAAGGGCUUGUUUCAUCCGGCCACGUAGAAACCAUCCCCGCGUCGUCCUCGUACUACACUUCGACGCCGCAAAAUGAGGAGCUGGAUGAGGGGGUGAAGUACGGUAAAGAGGUUACGAACUAUUACAGGAGCUCUUUCAGUGACAAUGAGAGUGAAGAUCCGGAAGUAGCAGGGGAGGAGCUCGUACAGGAUGCAGCCGUAGAAGGACCUACUGUGCAGGAAGCCGUUGCUACGGAACAGGUUGUACCUGAAGAGCAAGGAGAAGGGGGCAAAGUAGCUCCGAUAGAGCAGGAACACAAGGACGCCCAUGAAGAAGUGACGAAAGCGAAGUCACCUUCAUCACACCAACUACAAACCCACAGUGUGGUGUCUUUUUUCCAGAACUGGCUGCCAGGAGUUUUCGAGUGGUCUGACGGUGAAGUUGUAUCUGGUGCGUCACAAGAACAAUUCCCAGCGGAGGAGCAACUACAUGCUCGGACGUUUGCGGAACUGAAACUGAUUCAGAUCUUACAGGGCGACCCACUUUCAGAAGGCCGGAUCACCACCGCCGUGGUGAUUCUGCAGUUCAUUCUCUACCUCUUGUGGCUGUUCCUGUUGAACUUCUACAUUGUGCUGGUGGAGGGCGGAUGGCUGGCGUGGGGCGGCCAGGGGGACCAGUACACGUCGCUGGAGCGAACGCAGCAGAAAACGGUGGUCGUUGCGUGGUCAACGUUGCUCGGCUACAUUGCGCUGUUUUCCAUCAUCCACGCCUUUUCCUCCCUGCAGACCGUGACGAACCAUCUGGGUUUGUCCUUCGCGCUUUGUUUCGUCUGUCCUGUGGUGCUGGUCACGUUGUGGGAGGCGGCGCGGUACUGCCGCGCCAACAUGACGCAGGCGGCGAAAAACGGAAUCAUCAACACGAUCCUGAACCGCGCCAAUCCCACCCCGGUCUUGAACGACACCGCGCUGCAGGGCAGUUCGUUUGAGGAGCAGGUGGAGUGGGAAAACCAGGUCAGCGAUUUGCAAGCGGAAAACCUCGGCGUGGCUACCUCCUUCCUGUUAGUUCAGUCGAUCCAAUUCGCGGUGGUAGGGAAAUUGCCUGACUUCCACGGCUAUCUUGUGCAAAAGUAUCGUACUCGUUGUAAUGGCAGGCAUGCAUUACAAGCCUAACUUUCUACCUUGUUCAGCAUGACAAAUCGCAUUUUUGUUCUUCGGGAAAUUUGUGAUGCGAUUUACACUAGUACCAUAAUUUUGCAAUGCAUAACGGGCAGCAAAAACCGCAGGAGGGGAAAGUGUACUUUCAACCGAGUCCGCAGCACAUCCCGGUGAUGACUGCCAUUGUGAUCGGCACCGCGUUGGUUGCGGAUUUACUCGUCAGGUUUUUACACCGGAGGUUGAAGGAAGUGCCUCCCUUCAGCUUCCAGGCGCGGCUGUUCCAUCUCGUGAUUGUCAUCCUGUGCAUGAGCUUCGCCUGGGAGCUCUUACUCGUUCUUCGGUGGUUCGUCGCCGAAUCGUGCGACAAUAUUUCCAAUAACAUGAUUUUCAAAAUCAUCGUCGCGACCUUUGUGACCAUCUUCGGCAUGCUCAUGAUCGUGAUCCUGGACGCGAUCGAGGAUUGGCUCCGGCCUGUGAGGCAAAUUCUCUUUGUCGAAACGUCCGUCGACCCGCCGGGGCAAACCCAAAUCACCCGGCCGGGCCAGGAGACGGCCAGCUCCGUGGACGAUAGCAUGGCGCCACUCGGCAGUCCGCAACUGACAACCCAGAAUUUGGAAAAAAUGAUUCUCUGUGUCGGCAUCGUCGUUGGGUUCGCGUGGAAUCACGCCUUCGAGGUACAGAUAUGUUGUACUUUUUAUUGAGGUUUAGGUUUGAUGAUGUCCUUAUAUUCGAGUCACCGGCGGUGUAAUAUCAAAGAAAGAGACUCCCUCACACUCACUCUUGAAAAUCGUGUGUUUUUUGUAAUCCUCUUCUCAAUUUUUCCUAGGUCGGCAUGGAGGCCAUUAACCAGGAGGUGGACGGGCAAUUUGGCACUGUGUGGGGAGCCAAGCACAACAUCCACAUCAUGAUGAUGAUCAUCCGUAUGAAUUGCAAAAAUGUCUGGGUCUGGAAGAUUGGAACUUGUCAUGCUAAAGUCAAAUCAUGCAAAAAUCUGUGUUGCAUGACUGCCAAAAGCUGUCCUCUUUCGACCAAGCUGGGAGGGAGUUUCUCAUGCAGGAUAGGCAUGACAGAGACCUCAUAGACUCCGUCAUGCUAGGUCCUGCAUUCCGAACCUCAUGGGGCAUGGAAAAUAUGCAUGAGAAGUUUGCAUUCUUCCAGACCCAGACAUGUUUGCAGUUCAUAAUCCGCGGCCUGCUGAUCGCCUUAGUUUUGCCAGCGUGGCGAUACCACAUCCUGCCGCAGGUGGUCAAACACCGGGACGAAUACCUGGCCGGGCGGGUACUGGAGGACAUCCAGGAGGAAUCCGUUGCCGCCCAGCUAAUCGGCGACGACGCGGCCGAGCGGUUCGAGCUGUGGAAGCAGCAAAAGCAGGAAAAACCGAUCUGGAAGUGCAUUUGGGCCUGCUACUUCUUCAGCAUCGCAGUCUUCAUCGGCUUUGUGGGAACGCUGUACUUGAACUCGCCAUGAGGGGAGGGUCAAUUGGGGGGACAAACCAAUUUGCUUCUGAAGCAAAGAAGUGUUUGGUGUCUCGAUUUCACAUCAGAGAGAGACAGAGCAGUUUCCAUGGAGGACUGCGAAGAUGGAUUUUUCAUGACAGUAAAAGAAUUUUCAACUAGUAGAAUACAGCUUUUUCGAUUUAAAUCAAUACAACAGCGUCGCGCAACAUGUAAGGAGAAAAGCCGCGAUCUCGUUUCGUGAGCUUGUUUCGUGUACAAUUGUCUCCUCCACUAGUUAGAAUUCCCAGAAACUACACUAUUGCGGUACUUAGAAGCAAUUCCGUUUCAGUUUUUUGAACUCAGGCAAGAACUACAAAAGAUUACUAUCUGUUGCUGUUUUUUAUGCAGGAGCAAAAAGGAAAAUCUACAAGAGCAACAAUUUCAGGGCAGAGCGUCAACCUGAGGGUGCGCUCAGGUUGAUGCGCGUAGACGCAAAAGCGCUAGCACGCAUGAAGUCAUUAGGAAGAAGAGGAAGAAGAACAAGAAUAUAUCAGACUGAAAUGCUUUGUACGUGUAGGCAAUUUAAUGAAGCUUAAGCACAUCGUUGUAAAAAUGUCCAAGAAAUUUCAUACAUGAGUCAAUGAGAUAGAGAAAGAGGAAGA